UCCGCCCGGACCAAUGAAAAUGUGACACAAGUGUUACCGCAAACGAAUUCCCAACGUUUGGGGGAAAAACGGCCAACUUUAAGGUGGUUUAUGGACAACAUAAAAGUUGUUAUGAAAAUAUUUCUUUUAGAGUACAUGAGUGAACAGCUAUUUUUCUAACUGUGUAGCUGAACAGCAUCGGUGUGUGUUUUCAUAUUUAGAGGCGAAGCGCUCCGGACAUGAGCAGCUCAUUUAACAGGUGAGAACAGACCUCGGUUUUUUGAGUUGUCCUGCUGGACCCGGCGUGCAGUUCUCAGUCAAACAUGGCGGGCAGCAAUUGUGUGGACAUGGAUCCAGAUGUUGCUCUGAGAUUGUUUGAGGAAGGAGCCACCCUGGUCUUGCUGGGUGUUCCUCAGGGCACUGAACUGGGGAUAGACUGCAAGAGCUGGCAGGUGGGUCCUCGCUUUAGAGGAGUGAAGAUGAUCCCUCCGGGUCUCCACUUCCUCCAUUUCUGCUCCGUUAACUCUCCAAGCUGUGGUGGAGAAAUUGGUCCUAAAUCAGGCCUCUUCCUCACUCUUAAACCCAGAGAGAUUCUGUUGGCCCACUGGGACCCCAAAGAAGAGGAUCUGGACUUCUCGGCCUCAAAGAAUGAUGAGGAGGUGAACCGAAUCCGGAGCACAUUGCGAGAGCUGGAUCCCUACUUGGGUCCCUAUCCAUAUGAGGUGAUGAGGAAGUGGGUUUCCCUCACUGACCAGAUCAGUCAGGAGCUAGCUGUUAACCUGCAGCCUCUCUCAGGUCGAGUGUGUGCUUUCAGUGAUAUCAUCCCUGAGCUGCAGUUCAGACACACGAAAGACCGGGCAGAGCAGCCAAGGAAUGACACAGCCUGUCAAAGCAUGAGGGAGGGACUGGAUAGGCUUCCAAAGAUGAAGCAGAGGGAGGGCACAGAGUUGCGCUUCUCAGAUAUUCCCAAGAAGUCCUACCCUCCUGGAGCUUCACCCGCAGAGAUCACCCGAUGCAGCAUGGACCUGAGUUACUCCCUGGAGACUGUGCUGGAGCAGAACUACCCGGACCAACCCCUCAACCUGCUUGGUGAGCUGCAGUUUGCCUUUGUGUGUUUCCUGGUCGGAAACGUGUACGAGGGCUUCGAGCACUGGAAGAGUCUGCUGGCUCUGCUGUGCCGCUCAGAGGACGCCAUGAGGAAGCAGAAGGAACUCUAUCUGGGCCUCAUCACUGUGCUCUACCACCAGCUUGGAGAAGUACCCCCGGACUUCUUCGUUGACAUCGUUUCGCAGAAUAAUUUCCUCACCAGCACUCUCCAGGACUUUUUCCAGUUUGCCACCGGACCUGGUGUGGACAGCACUCUGCGAAAGAAAGCAGAGAAGUUCAAAGCCCACCUGACCAAGAAGUUUUGUUGGGAUUUUGAUGCAGACUUGGAUGACUGUGCUCCGGUGGUGGUGGAGCUACCUGAAGGUGUCACAGUGGACUGAAACAGCUCUGUCUCAAACAUUCAUCAUAUCAUUGGUAUUUUUUUUAGUAUGAUGUGUGGUGUGUACAAAAAAAAAGUACAAUGUGACUACCUAAUGUAAAAAAAGUAAUUAAACCACCUGUAUGGUUACAGUCUUGUUAUAGGUAAAAGAAGAUGCCUUCUGAACAUGUUUGUUAUCAGUACUUUGAAGAUUGCAAGUUGAAUACAGGAAUUCAAAACAAAUGUUAUAUUUUAUGAAUAUUAAAAAUAAAGACUUUUAGAUGAAUAGUUACAGAAAAAAAUAAUUUCAGUAACCAAUAUAUAGGUUCAUCACUGACAGGAUUGGAUCAUCAUUAUGGUUAUAGCUUACAACUAAAAAUAACCUAAAAUUCAGUUUGUCUGAGAAUUAAAUUACAUCAGAUCAACAAAAUUAUUCUAUGGUUGAUGCAAUCAUGGGAGAUUUCACAGUAGAAAGUUGCAGACACCUGACACAAGAGGUCAUUGCUAAUGGGUUUUUCAAACAAGGCUGUAUCAGAACCUUAUUGGAAGGACAAAUGGUUGAAAAAGGCACACUAGCAACAGGGAUUACAAAAGCCUUGAAGAUUGCGAAUCAUUGACCAUUCAAGUAUUUGGAGGAAAUUCAGAAAGUUUGAACUGUGCUCCGGUGGAGUCAGAGCUCCAGGGAAAAACACCCAGACGUGUCUGGGAAAAAGGUUAAAACAUUCCUAGUGUUAAGCAAUCCUGAACCAAGGAUGUCCUAAGCUUCUAAUAAGAAUCUAGGCUGUUGUCUUUUUUUUUUUUUUCUCCAGAUGAAAGUAAGUUUUGCAACUUAUUUGGAAAUCAAGGUUCCAGUGUCUUGAGGAAAAGUGGAAUCCAAGCUAUUUAAGCUCUUUUUGAGGUUUCCAAAGUCGGCGAUGAUUUUAUGAUGCCACCUGCUGGUGUUGAUGUAGUGUGAUAUCUUAGUUAUCUGGCAAACUGUGCUUGAAUGUUUUUAACUUAUAAAAUGGUGAAACUAAACAGAAUAAACAGUUCAAAUAUUUCA